AUGUCGCUGAUAUGCAAAACGGAAAGAAGCGCUACAUGGGAAAAUUUCGCCGACGGAAUCCCAUGCAUUCUCGGAAUCGAUGAGGCCGGAAGGGGCCCGGUUCUCGGUCCGAUGGUGUACGGCGCCGCAAUUUCGCCAAUCGAUAAAAGCGACGAGUUGAAAUCGCUCGGCGUCGAUGAUUCCAAAGCAUUGAACGAGGCGAAACGAGACGAGAUUUUCGAAAAAAUGGAAAACGACGAGGAAACUCGGCAAAUUGUCGCCUACGCGGUUCGCGUGCUUUCACCGGAGCUGAUCAGCGCUUCAAUGCUUAAAAGGCACAAAUACUCGUUGAACGAGAUCUCACACGAAGCGGCGAUUACCCUAAUAAGAGACGCCUUAUCAUGCCACGUGAAUGUCGUCGAGAUAAAAGUGGACACGGUCGGCCCAAAAUCAACAUAUCAGUCAAAAUUGGAGAAGCUCUUUCCAGGAAUCUCGAUAACCGUCACCGAGAAGGCCGAUUCGUUGUUUCCCAUCGUGAGUGCCGCAUCGAUUGCCGCCAAGGUCACGCGAGACCAACGUCUUCGUCAAUGGCAAUUCAAAGAGGCUGGAGUGAAAAUCCCCGACGCCGGCUACGGUAGCGGAUAUCCCGGCGAUCCGAACACGAAGAAGUUCCUCGCGUUGAGCGUCGAUCCCAUAUUCGGCUUCUGCUCGCUGGUUCGUGCUUCUUGGAAGACCGCCAGCACGAUUGUCGAGAAGCGGUGCGUUCCUGAAAGCUGGGAAGACGACGAUGAUGAGAAUAGUGGUCCCGGAGCGAAACGCGCGAUGCAAGGAUGGCUGGCGAAUAAGGAAAAUGAGGCGCCGCCGAAGAAGCAUGCAUAUUUCUCGGAGCGAGCAAUGACUAACAUUCUUAAAUUAUAA